UAAAUUUCUGUGAAAAAAAAAAUUGUCAUGUCAUGGACUAUGAUUAUACAGCAGAAAGUAUAGGGAUAGCAUGUCUGAAAUUCUGAAUCACUGACAUGUUAACCUAAAAUACAUAAAUUACUACUACUGCAAAUCACAAGAAAAAGAAUAAAAAAACAAAAUCUUUGUUGGUUAUACUUUCGUGGUAUAUAAUAUAAACCAGGUUUUACUAUCCUGAAUGAUGAACCUGGAAGUUUUACAACUUAAAAGAUGUAAUCAUGGUAUAUAAUAGAGAGGAAAUUUCAUUUUCAAUAUGCAAUAACUCUACCAUCUCACUUUUUUUGGCGUUUGUGUUGCCGUUGAGUUUUAUCCAAGUAUGAAGGAGAGAGAUAGAGGUCUUGAGAGAGAUAAGACCAGUCAAAUAUACAGAAACUUUUUUGCAUGGAAAUGUGUGAACAAAGAUUUUACUUGAAUUUUAAUGAGCCUGUCCUCUUUCUCUCCCGAUGGUUAUAAAAAGCUUGGCGUCUUUGGUUGCCAUAGACCCACUUAACUGCUACUUCUGGUUGCCUUAAAGUAAUAUCAUCAGUUCUCUCUCAGCCUCUGUCUUCACCAUCACUUUCCUUGAAAAACCUUGCAUUUUUUCUCUUUCUCAAUUUCAAAACCACUUCCCCAUAUGGCAGCCUUUUCAUACCAGCCUCAGCCUCUUCUUCUUGACUCCAUUUUCUUGCCUAACAUGAAUCCCACCAAAGUUUCUGGCUUUAUGGAGGAAGGAAACAUGAACUCCAAUUGUUUCUCUCAAUUUUACCCACCUGAGCCUGUUCAGGAGUCCACUCUUCACCAUAAGUUCCAUGAAAGCAAUUGUCUUGAUCACAGCUCAAAGGUUGGUUUUAGUGAUAAUGAGCCUUCGGCGACUAAAAAACAGAGUACUGAUGAGUCAACUGCGGUGGAUAAGCUUGAAAGUGGUGAGCAAGUCACUCAGAAUGUGACUCUCGCAGACAGGAAAAGGAAGACAAGAAAUGGGACUACCUUGAAUUCUGCUCAAUCUAAGGAUGCAAAAGAAGGAAAAAGCAAGAAGCAAAAGAAGUGCAAUGAUGCCCUGAAAAAUGAAAUGAAAGAGUCUAAAGCUGAUAAGAAAGAUCAAAAGAAAUCUCCCGAAGAGCCUUCAACAGGCUACAUUCAUGUAAGAGCCAGGAGGGGUCAAGCAACAGACAGCCACAGUCUGGCAGAAAGGGUAAGAAGAGAGAAAAUCAGUGAGAGGAUGAAGACAUUGCAACGUCUUGUUCCAGGGUGUGACAAGGUAACUGGAAAGGCCCUUAUGUUGGAUGAAAUUAUCAAUUACGUUCAGACCCUACAAAAUCGAGUAGAGUUUCUGUCAAUGAAGCUUGCUUUUGUGAAUCCCAUGUUCUAUGACUUUGGAGUGGACCUGGAAGAAUUGAUGGUGAGACCAGAGAGAGUGAACAGUAUAGCAUCAUCAGUGCCAUGUCUGCAACAAUGCAACCCCACUCAGCCUACAGCUUUUGUUGAUACAACCACCACCACCUUUACCCCAGCUCAUAACUAUCCUCUUAUGGAUGCUUCGGCUGCACUUUUUCUUCACCAGGGGCAACGCCCCUUCUCUCAGCCUCAGGGUAAUGGUGGUCUAUUGUGGGAUGUAGAGGACCAAAGCCAAAAAUUUCUCAGUUCAUCUGGGCUCAACAACUUUUGUUCUUUCCAUUAAUGUUGAUGCAGAGAGCUGCCCUAUAAACAUCUGGGAAAAAAAGGAAGCAUCAAAAUAAGGCUUCUUUUUUUCAAAUAUCAACUCGAGUGGAGGAGAGGCUUCUUCCUGGAGUUCCAAGUCCAACCGAGAAGUCAAGUAGCAUCUGAACAUGAAUAAAGGGCAGCAACAUCAAUGGAGGAAGAACACAAAGGACAGAUAUAAUCGACCAAAUAAGACCAUAUCUUUUUGCAUAUCCCUUGUUCCUGUCCAUUUUGACUGAUCCCCCUAUGUCUCCCACGCACAAAUGCCUAGACCCUACGCUGUUUCAGCUUAGAAAAAAGGCAGCCUUAAUUUUUUAUGUAGUAAAAGUAUUGUAAUAUAAAAAUCCACCUUAUAAAGUCCCUUUCCUGUUGCCACAGUUAUUUUACCGCUGUCAUAUUUCCUCCAGUACCUAUUAUGAAUUAAAACUUUGAUUAAAAUUAAAUAAAUUAUGA